CAGAAGCCACCGAUUUCCUGUCGCCCUGGUAUAUAUCAGAGGUCCCAGGCCUGGCCUAUCUCACUCACCCUGUGGACUUGAGAAAGUAGCCCUCCAGCGAACUCAGCAGCAGGCAUCAAAGCAGCCCCUGAGCCCUGAAGCUUUGGAGACUCAGGAGUUUUGAAGGUGAAAUGACAACACCCAGAAAUUCAAUGAGUGGAGCUUUCCCAGAACAUCCUGUGAAAGGCCCUAUGGCUAUGCAACCUGCUCAAAAAAUUAUUCCCAGGAGGAUGGCUUCCGUGGUGGGCCCCACACAAAGCUUCUUCAUGAGGCAGUCCAAGGCUUUGGGGGCUGUCCAGAUUAUGAAUGGGCUCUUCCACAUAGCCCUAGGUGGUCUCCUGAUGAUCCACAUACAAGUCUUUGCGCCCAUCUGUAUCACCGUGUGGUACCCUCUCUGGGGAGGCAUUAUGUAUAUUAUUUCUGGAUCUCUCCUGGCAGCGGCAGGGACAAGCUCCAGAAAGAGUCUGGUCACAGGGAAAAUGAUAAUGAACUCAGUGAGCCUCUUUGCUUCCAUUUCUGGGGUAAUCCUUUUGAUCAUGGACAUAUUUAAUAUUACAGUUUCCCCUUUUUUAAAACUGAAGAGUUUGAACUUGAGCAAAGCUUCUGAGAUUAACAUACCCAACUGUGAAGCAAUUAAUCACAACGAGCAAACCACUCUACAUAUGGAUUAUUGUUAUAGAAUUAGAUCUGUGUUCUUGAGCCUUUUUGCAGUGAUGCUGAUCUUUGCCUUCUUCCAGAAACUUGUCACAGCUGGUGCUGUUGAGAACGAAUGGAGAAAGCUGUGCUCCAGACCCAAAGCUGAUGUUGUUCUCCUGUCAGCAGAAGAAAAAAAAGAACAAGCAGUUGAAAUAAAAGAAGAAGUGGUGGAGUUGACUGAAACAUCUGUCCAACCAAAGAAUGAAGAAGAUAUUGAAAUUAUUCCAGUUCAAGAAGAAGAAGAAGAAACAGAAAUAAACUUUCCAGAACCUCCCCAAGAUCAGGAAUCCUCACCAGUAGAAAAUGAUAGUGUCCCUUAAGCCUUUUUUUGUUUUCUGCUUUCCUUUUCUAAGCAUUAGGGUUCGUAGCUUCUGAGACAUAUCUCCUCCCAUUUCUUGAGGCACUCUGCAUGUAUCCUGCACAACCAUCUCUGGUCUUUGUAUAGAGUGACCAUGGUUCCAUCUCUGUGUUUCUCAUUCGGAGAGUAUAGCUAUUGCAGCAGAUUGUGUCAAAAUGUUUCUUGUUCGGAGCAGUUUUCUUAUAUUAAAAAGGGCAGAAUGUGAUUUCUCACCAGCCUUUGCCUUGGCUAAGCUGUAGUAGUAGCAGCAGUAGGGUAUGCUUUUCAUUUCUUACCUUCUCAAUAGGGAAGAAAGGCACCUGAUGAAAAAGAAAAAUGACAGCUCCACGCCAUCCCUAAACUAUUUCUAAUUCCUUAUACAUCUACAUUUUUGGUGGAGUCCCCUUUGAACCACUGUUUUAAGGAAAGUAAAAAUAAUGGUAAUGAGGUGCUAUAAGGAGCCUAUUUCAUCUAUCUGUGGAGCUGACACUGUGACACAUUCUUAGAGCCUCCCCCUCCCCCACCCCAAUCAGGAAGGCUCUAAGUGGCCAACACCCAAUCUUUUUUUUUUUUUUUGUAUAAACAGCACAGCUUAUACAUGGCCAUAUAUCUGUCUGUCUUAACUUUCCCUAACUCCUGCUCUAGGCCCUUAGUUGCAUUGUCUACCCUUAGGCAAGAAAAGAAAGAAUGAAAGAAAAAUACCAUGAGUAGCCACAUCUCAAAUGAUAAUCAACACUUGCAUUUGUUGAAUAUUUUACAGUCAACAAAGUAUUUUAUAAAAUAAUUGCAUUUGAUUGUCCAUGAUCAAGAAAAAAACCCCUAUUUUACAAAUGAUUCAAAAAGGCUAAUUUGUAAAUAAUUAAAGGUAAUUUCUUGAUGGUCAUAUCUAGCAAUUUUGAGAGCCUUUUUUCAUACCUAGAUCUUCUUCUCAAAUCCUGCAGUAUUUGGAAUAAUCAAAUUGCCUGUCCAAUGUCCACAUAAACUAUUAGAGCUAAGUCGACAGGUUUUAUCAAGCACUUACUCUCUGACCAGCACCAAAAAGGUUUUAAGAGAGACAAAAAAGAGUCAGAAAUCUUUACUACUUUCAGAUAAAAAGACUUGGCAUUCAUAAUCUUUGAAAAACUACUUAUAUGGUAAAUAUAAAAUUAGUGUCAGGUUAUAUAAUGCAGAUUCUAAGUGCUACAGCCAUUCUGAGAAUGAAGAUUCUGCCUGAAACGGAAAUAAAUGGAAAUACAAUCCCAAAUCUCAGGCAAUAGCUACCUUACUUUUGAUUCUCGUUCAUAUUCAGAGAUACCAGUACUCUACAAAGAAAGAAUGUUAACCUAGGUAGAUGUCACUAGAAUCUGUCAACUACAUAUACAGACAAUAUAAAUUCAAUUUCAGUGAUAUUUCCAUUUUCUUAGGAGUCACUCAUAGAAGAUAUUUCCUCUGAUUAGAAAGAAGGAAGGUAGGACAUUCUUCUGUCUAUGUAAAGUCCCCAGAAUUAGAUUUAGAUAAAUAAAAUAUUUGCAUUCUUAGUCACAACAUGAUUCCAA